AUGUGCUCGUUAAACGAAAGAACUGUUGCACAAGAUUUGAAGAUUAUUAAGGUGAUCGAUCAGGGACGAUAUGGAAAAGUUCGAACAGCCGAGUAUAGAGGAAGUCUUGUUGCUGUGAAAACUUUCAACACAACUGAGGAGGAUUCGUGGAAGAAUGAGAGAGAUGUCUAUCAGACACAAAUGUUGAAUCAUGAAUGCAUUCUACAAUUUGUCGCCGCUGACAUCAACAGUGAAGACUCGAUUACGCAGAUGCUUUUGAUUACGGAUUAUCACGAGCUUGGCUCACUUUACGACUAUUUAAGACGGGAAAACGAUUUGGAUUUGAGAGAGGCGAUUGAAUUGGCAUAUAGUUCAAUCUCCGGUAUCGAUCAUCUUCAUAACUCAGUUUUGGGGACAGGAAGUCGUCGAAAGCCGGAGAUAGCUCACAGAGAUUUAAAGAGCAAGAAUAUUAUUGUGAAACGUCCUGGUUUCUGCUGUAUCGCUGAUUUUGGAUUAGCCGUUCGACUUGAAAACAACAAAAUUAUGCCAGAAAAAGUGAACAUUCAAGUUGGCACGAAGAGAUAUAUGGCACCAGAGCUGCUUUCGAAAGAACUCAACAUAAAUGUUUUCGAGGAGUUCAAACGCGCCGACAUCUAUUCGUUCGCGUUGGUGAUGUGGGAGAUCGCGAGAAGUUGUCCCCAUCCGUGUGGUCGAUCUUCUGAGGCACCAAAAGAUGCAAGCCUUUCAGCAGAUUCGGGUCUUGGUGCUUCAGCAAGCAACUCGUCUUCUCUCUCAAAACUUUACGAGUGUCCGUUUGAGGGAAUGGUCAAAUCGGAUCCAUCUCUCGAAGAAAUGAAAGUGAUUGUUUGUGACAUGAACUAUCGACCUGAGAUCCCCGCAUUUUGGAGGAAUCCUAUUGAGGAACCCGAGCUCAAUCGUUAUUCCCAAUUGAUAAUCGAUUGUUGGAACGGGCAUCCACAUCGACGGCAUACAGCAUUGAAAGUGAAAAAAGUGUUGAGCGGGAUUCUCGGGAAUCUUUAUACGAGUCAAGGCACAAAUCUCAAUAAAGGUUUCAUCCCAUGCAAGAAAGAAUCCGACAGUGGAAUUGGGAGUAAUGGAUCGUCAAAAGAACGUCCGAUUUUACCAGUGUCAUUCAUUCAACAAGUU